GGGCUAAGGACCGGCCCCUGUCCUGGGCUGUGACAGGAGAAUGAAAAGCCGAAGAUGGCGGUACACUCAGCUGCCCACCCAGGUGGAGGACACCCUGUCUGGGGAGGAGGGCCAGGAGGAGGAAGAGGAGGAAGAAAAGAAAGAGGAGGAGGCAGUCCCAGCCCCGGCUCCUCAGGACCCUGUGGAGCCUCAGCUGACAGAAGCCAGCCGGGUCCUGGGCGCCUCAGAGAUUAGGCAGUUCCAGCUCUGCCUCCAGCUCGGUCUCCACUUACCCCCAAGAGUCGCUGGCCGCCUCUGGAGUCUGGUCUUCUGCACAUCAAAGGACGGCUUCAGUCUGCGGAGACUGUACCGCCAGAUGGAGGGUCACAGUGGACCAGUCCUGCUGGUGUUGAGAGACCAGGAUGGGCAGAUGUUUGGUGCCUUCUCCUCCUCAGCUAUCCGACUCAGCAAAGGCUUCUACGGUACUGGCGAGACAUUUCUCUUCUCCUUCGCCCCACAGCUAAAGGUCUUUAAGUGGACAGGAAGUAACUCUUUCUUCGUGAAGGGAGACCUGGACUCACUGAUGAUGGGCAGUGGAAGUGGCCAGUUUGGGCUGUGGCUGGAUGGAGACUUGUACCGUGGGGGAAGUUACCCCUGUGCCACCUUCAACAAUGAAGUGCUGGCCCGGCAGGAGCAAUUCUGCAUCGAGGAGCUGGAGGCCUGGGUUCUGAGCUGACA